GCUCCCUGAGCUUGGAGGGCUGAGACCGAGCCGGCGAGUCCCAGCAGGGCAGGGUGGCUCAGGGACCGGUCCUUGCGCUUGGAAGACAGAUGUGCCUGGGCGUAGAAGUGCGUGGACCCGAGUUCGGGUGAAGCUCUUGGGAAGGGCAAGAGAUGCAAGCUGGGGAGCCCCGCGCCCCUGGUGCCCCCGGCGCUCAGGGAACCCGGCGCGUGCCGGGCCCCGAGUUGCGGCUGGCCAGCCAGUUGCUGCCCGAGCUCUAUACCUUCGUGGCGCGCGUGCUAUUCUACCUGGGGCCUGUCUACCUAGCCGGCUAUCUUGGGCUCAGCAUAACCUGGCUGCUGAUCGGCGCCUUACUGUGGAUGUGGUGGCGCAGGAACCGCCGCGGGAAGCUCGGACGCCUGGAGGCCGCUUUCGAAUUUCUGGACAACGAACGCCAGUUCAUCAGCCGCGAACUGCGGGGCCUGCACCUGCCUGCCUGGAUCCACUUCCCUGACGUGGAGCGAGUUGAGUGGGCCAACAAGGUCAUCUCGCAGAUCUGGCCCUACCUAAGCAUUAUCAUGGAAAACAAGUUCCGGGAGAAACUUGAGCCCAAGAUCCGGGAGAAGAGCAUGCACCUGAGGACCUUCACCUUCACCAAGCUCUACUUUGGACAGAAGUGCCCCAGGGUCAACGGUGUCAAGACAUACACCAAUAAGUGCAACCGAAGACAGGUGGUCCUGGACCUGCAGAUAUGCUACAUCGGUGACUGUGAGAUCAGUGUGGAGCUGCAGAAGAUACAGGCUGGUGUGAAUGGGAUCCAGUUGCAGGGCACCCUGCGGAUCAUCCUGGAGCCCCUCUUGGUGGACAAGCCCUUCAUAGGAGCCGUGACUGUGUUCUUCCUUCAGAAGCCCCACCUGCAGAUUAACUGGACAGGCCUGACCAACCUGCUAGAUGCGCCGGGAAUCAAUGAGUUGUCAAACAGCCUGCUGGAGGAUCUCAUUGCUGCUCACCUGGUGCUGCCCAAUCGCGUGACUGUGCCUGUGAAGAAGGGGCUGGAUGUGACCAACCUGCGCUUUCCUCUGCCCUGCGGGGUGAUCAGAGUCCACUUGCUGGAGGCAGAGGACCUGGCCCAGAAGGACCACUUUCUGGGGCUCCCACGCAAGUCAGACCCCUACGCCAAGGUCAGCAUCGGCCUGCAGCAUUUCCGGAGCAAGACCAUCUAUAGGAACUUAAACCCCACCUGGAACGAGGUGUUUGAGUUCAUGGUAUAUGAGGUCCCUGGGCAGGACCUGGAGGUGGACCUGUAUGAUGAGGAUCCUGACAGGGAUGACUUCCUGGGCAGCCUGCAGAUCUGCCUCGGGGAUGUCAUGCUGAACAGAGUGGUGGAUGAGUGGUUUGUCCUGAAUGACACAACCAGUGGGCGACUGCACCUGCGGCUGGAGUGGCUUUCGCUGCUCACUGACCAGGAUGCUCUGAUUGAGGACCAUGGUGGUCUCUCCACUGCCAUCCUUGUGGUCUUCUUGGAGAGUGCCUGCAACCUGCCGAGAAACCCUUUUGACUACCUGAAUGGUGAAUAUCAAGCCAAAAAACUCCCUAGGUUUGCCAGGAAUAAGGUCAGCAGAGACCCUUCUUCCUACGUCGAGCUGUCUGUAGGCAAGAAGACACACACAAGUAAGACCUGUCCCCACAGCAAGGACCCUGUAUGGAGCCAAGUGUUCUCCUUUUUUGUGCAGAAUGUGGCAGCUGAGCAGCUCCAUCUGAAGGUGCUUGAUGAUGACCAAGACUGUGCUCUGGGUGUGCUGGAGUUCCCCCUGUGCCAGAUCCUCCCCUACGCUGACCUCACCCUUGAGCAGCGCUUUCAGCUGGACCACUCAGGCCUGGAUAGCCUCAUCUCUAUGAGGCUGGUGCUUCGGUUUCUAUGUGUGGAGGAACGAGAGCUGGGGAGCCCAUACACAGGACCCGAAGCCCUAAAGAAAGGUCCUCUGUUCAUUAAGAAGGUGGCCACCAACCAGGGUUCCAAAGCUUCACCCCAGGGAGAAGAUUCUGCAGAUGUGCCAUGUCCCCCAGAACCUGCUUCUGACACCACGGAAGCAUCCAAGAGUGCCACAGACACCACCAGUGCUACCACUGCUGCCACCAAGCCCACACCCCAAGAGACAGGCCCAGAGCCCAAAGGCAAGGACAGUGCCAAAGGGUUCUGUGAGCCCAUGGGGGAGAAGAAGAGUCCAGCCACCAUCUUCCUGACUGUCCCAGGCCCCCACUCUCCAGGGCCCAUCAAGUCACCCAGACCCAUGAAAUGCCCUGCCUCCCCAUUCGUAUGGCCGCCCACAAGGCUGGCUCCCAGCAUGUCCUCGCUCAACUCCCUGGCCUCUUCCUGCUUUGACCUGACAGAUGUCAGCCUCAACAUUGAAAGCGGGGAUCUCAGGCAGCGGCGGCUGGGUGAGAUUCAGCUCACAGUGCGCUACGUGUGUCUGCGGCGCUGCCUCCGUGUGCUGGUCAACGGCUGUAGAAACCUGACACCAUGUACCAGCAGUGGAGCUGAUCCCUACGUCCGUGUCUACUUGUUGCCAGAAAGGAGGUGGGCAUUUCGUAAGAAGACGUCAGUGAAGAGGAAGACCCUGGAACCCCUGUUUGAUGAGACAUUUGAAUUUUUUGUUCCCAUGGAAGAAGUAAAGAAGAGGUCACUAGAUGUCGCAGUGAAAAACAGUCGGCCCCUUGGCUCACACAGAAGAAAGGAGUUAGGAAAAGUACUGAUUGACCUAUCAAAGGAAGAUCUGAUUAAGGGCUUUUCACAAUGGUAUGAGCUGACUUCAGAUGGACAGCCCAGAAGCUGAUGAUGAGUAUAUCAUUAUCACCUGUAUGUUAAAGUGUGUACAUAUGUAUAUUUUGUCAUUUAAAUCAGAACAGCCAUUGAAGAAAAUAUAUAUACAUAUUCUUGUGUGGAAUUUAACUGCGUGAGGAAGAGGUGGUAUUUAAAAACAAAAUAAAACUACUUUUUCGUGGUUGGAUCUUAUUCAAAACCAGAAUGAAAUGGUCUAUUUGUGCCUGGUAAGUUAUCAGAACCUCAGUGUGAUUUUUUCACUUUUGGUAAAAUUGUAUGUCAUCCGAUUUAAGGCCUGCCUGAAUGUGCGUGUCAGCAAGUGUUCCAUCCCUGACAAACGGGCUAGGGAAGGUCUGUUUUUCUGGGGCAGUAAGUGACCAGGGAAGGUAACUUCUUUUAUGGAAAUAGAAAAUGAGCCAACUCUAAACUGCCGAGAGCUAACAGUGCCAACGCCCUUCCAGCUGCUACUUGUGGUACUUGUAUGCCUGGAGAGCAUUCCUGUAUUUGACUUGGAGCUAAAAGGUGUUUUCCUAAUGGCAACAAUGUCAUAGUGAUAUACCUACUAAGGGCCAAACUCUAGCAUGUGGCAUUAUUUCCAUAGGAAAAUACAAAGCAAGUUCCAAACCGAGGUAUAUCUCUGAACUCUCAUAGCAGAACAUCAGAGACUGGCUGAAGAGCGUCACUGCCACAGAAGAAAUGGCACUUUCUGUAUCUCUCUUAGAUAUAUAUGUAAAUUGUAUAUUUAAACAAGUGCCUCUUUUGCAUUUCAAACUUUAUAGGACCAAAUAUACUUCUUGUGCCCUCUCAUGUCCCUAGAACUACUGUGUAAAGGUCAUAUCCUCUUUUUUUUUUUUUUUUUGUGGUUUUUGGCCGGGGCUGGGUUUGAACCCGUCACCUCCGGCAUAUGGGACCGGGGCCCUACUCCUUGAGCCACAGGCGCCGCCCAAGGUCAUAUCUUCUUUUACUUAUUUAAACAACACUCCCUACCAUUAGUUUCCUGUCCCCGUCACUGCGGCUUUGCCGAAGAAUGGCCACACCCUGAAACAAAGUCUUAGUCAUAUUACUUGUAUGCACAAAUUAUCUAAGAUUUCCUAUUUUCUGUAAGAUCAAAGCCCAUGCCUUAAUUUGUCCUUUAGACCUAACACAACCUGGUCUCUGUUUUUCUGCUACUUUAUUCAUGUGCAGACACUCUAUUCCAAAACAGUCCAAAUACUGUGCCCUGCUUACUCACCUCUUAAAGGCUUAUUUGAAACCCAUCUCUGCCUUUAAGCCAAUCCAUACUGAAAUGGCCUUUCCUCACCACAGAUGGCAUUUCCAUUUUAGCCUUAUAACACUAAAUUUUAAAAAACAUUUAUUAGAUAUCUAUCUACCAAGGUCACAUUCUAAACAACUAUUUAUAUUGUAUUUGAUGUUUCUGUUUACAGUUAAAUUAUAAGCUACUUGAAUUGUUUUUUUUAUUCUUACCAUCCAAGACUGUGCUAAGUACAUGGAAGAUACAUAAUAAAAAG